UAGGGAAACAAAGUCAAAUUAGAAGGUGAGUUUCAAGUGCACCUGCUACAUCGUUUGAAGUCACCACAUUACAUGAGCAUCCGACACUUGUGCCACACCCACAUGAUUUAAAUUUUGUUUUGAUUCUAGUAGAUACAACGUCACACAAAGUCAAAAGAAAGAAGCAGACAACAAUGUGGAGACUCCCUUCUGUGCGCCUGAUCUGUCUCUCAACUCCCAAAUACACCCUUCGUUCACACCAAACCCAAGCCUUUAGCCUAUGAAACUUCACCAAAUCGAGUUGGGUUUUGCUCCAUUAACAUGGAUUCACUGCUUCUGCAACUUAAUGGCACUUUCUUCCCUUCACCACCACACCUACACCCUCCUCCUUCUCCUCCUCCUCCUUUGGCCUUCAACUUGGAAAACAAGAUCCCUCCAAGUGUUCUUCUCAUCAUAAUCAUUCUAGCUAUUGUCUUCUUCGUUUCUGGUUUGCUUCAUCUCCUUAUUAGAUUCCUCUGGUCUCCUCCCCCAUCGCAAACAGACCCUGAAAGUUCAGAUGAUGUCACUGCCUUUCAAGGCCAAUUACAGCACCUCUUUCAUCUUCAUGACUCUGGGGUUGAUCAGUCCUUCAUUGAUACCCUUCCUGUUUUCCAUUACAAAGCCAUUAUUGGGUCCAAAUCCCCAUUUGACUGCGCUGUCUGUCUCUCUGAGUUUGAGCCAGAGGAUAACCUCAGGCUGUUGCCAACAUGCAGCCAUGCUUUUCACACACAAUGUAUUGACACAUGGCUUUUGUCUCACUCAACCUGCCCUCUCUGCAGAUCUAGUUUGCUACCUGAUCAUUUCUCCCCUCACACCACUCGUGCACCAAUUGUUCUUGUCCUUGAAUCCGGGAGCGAGAGUUCUGUAAACAGAGAGGGUACAAAUUCGAUUUCUGGGUCAAAUUCGCAAGUGGGUCUUGGUGGAAAUGGUGAAUUUGAGACAGGGGCGAGCGAGAUUAUGAAAUUAGAGGAUUCAAACCCAAGUGUAGUGACUGUAAAGCUUGGAAAAUACAAAAACAUCGAUGCAGGGGAAGGUGGAAGUAGCGAGAACAAGAAUGUGGAUUCUCGUAGGUGUUUUUCAAUGGGGGUUUUUGAAUAUGUAAUGGACGAACAUUCGUCUCUCAAAGUAGCCAUUAGAAGAAACCCAGUGAAGAAGCAUCCAAGCAGGAAGCCAGCUCUGCCGUCGACGCCUGGUUACAGAGCAGCCAUGUCCGAAUGCGACUGCGAAUCCAGAAGAGAGUUCAAAAUCAGUGGGAUUGAAGCUAUUGGGGAAGUGAAAAAGGAAGAGAUUACUGAUACAAACAACAACAAAAUGGAGAGUUUCUCUGUAUCGAAGAUUUGGCUGAGAGGAAAAACCCAGAGAGAAUCGGCCGCAGAUUCUUCAAGAAGGGCAGUUUCAUUACGGUUUCCGAUUCAGAGCAACCGUGGGAAUCUCUCAGAGAUGGACGUUUGGAGGUGGGAAAAUGACAUCGGAGACGAAGAAAACCAGCGGCGUACCAGCUUCGAAUCUGAACUGAAUCAAUCUUUUGCGAAGAGGACGUUACAAUGGCUGAUGGGAGGAAGACAAAACAAGGCGACACACUUAGAAUCAUCAUCUUCCUCCUCUGUUUCAAAUAUCUAA